AUUAAACCAAGAAAAAUGGUUAUUCAGGGCCUUUUUUCAAAUUCAUGUGUUAUCCAAACUAGACUCUGCAAUCAGAGAGAGGAUAGCACAGUUUCAUUCUUUAUUCAGAUGCAUUCCGUCUUCAGUUCUGCUUUCGUCUGUAAAUCAAAUGUUAAUAAUGGUCUAUGUAUGAGCUGUAAUGUAAAACUUUGUUCGUUGAGACGAGUAAGAGAAGCAACUAGAAUGACUAUAACAAUGAGGGACAGGAGCAAGAAUCGGAAACCCUUGCAGAAGGGGAGGAAUCUUAGCAUAGAAGCGAUUCAGACGGUUCAAGCGCUCAAACGUGUCAAAGAUGAUGAUGCCUCGCUGCAUCGAGUUUUUGGUACUAAGUUCAGUCGAUUGUUAAGGCUUGAUAUGAUUGCUGUUCUCAAAGAACUCAUCCGUCAGGACCAAUGCUUGUUGGCCUUUAAGGCAUUUGAAGAUAUACAGAACGAGCACUGGUAUAAACCUAAACUCUUGUUGUAUGCCGAACUAAUAUCCGUUUUUGGAAGGAACGAAAUGUUUGAUAAGCUCGAACUAGUAUUCAGGAAAUUGGAGGAUGAAAUUAGUAUAGAGCCUGACAUUGAAGGUUUUAAUGCAAUUUUGGAAACUUUGCUGUCUUUCGGCAUCAUUGGGCUCACAAUGGAGUGCUUCUAUUUGAUGAAAUCAAAAGGAUGUGAGCCAGAUAGGUCAACUUUUAAGAUUUUGAUAAGCGGUUUAGAAUCAAAGAAAGAAACAAGUUUAUCAGUCACCAUAAGAGAGGAAGCAGAGAAGGCUUAUGGCAGCCCUUUCGAGAUUCUAGAGGAGAACGAAGAUGGGGCGAUGAGUUCAGGAAUGGAUCUUCAUUAAGGGCAAUAUGUCAUGUCCUUGAAAGUCUGGAGUCUCCAGAAGAAAAUGAAGAUGUGGUGAUCAGUUGAGCAUUCUUAGGGGCAGGACUAUCAUGUAUCUGUAAGUCUGAGACGGUAACUUUUCUUUUUAAAGGUCUCGGUACCAUAUCUGCAACUCUUUAGUUGUGUAUAAGUAUUUUUGGAUCAGUGGAGUUGGUCACUGGUAAACCCC